UACCCAAAAAGAAAAAGGCAGCCGCAAUUCUCGAAGAUCAGAGAACCUCACACCUCCAUCGGUUCUGCUUCUUCUUCAAAGAGAAACGACGCCUAAGAGACCAACAGGGACGGAAAUCCGUCGCCGUUUUCACACAAUCCCACGCCUGAACCUUAGCUGUCGUCUUCUUCAUGGAGACUUAAGGGAAGCAACCAUCUCUAACAAAAGAACAACAAAGCAGCCAUCACUCAUCUUCCCCUCGCCGGGAAACAUGUGGUUUCAGUGGCCCUCCAUUGAAUCCGGCGAAGCAGGGGUUCGAACCAGCAGCUCUCGUCCUCUCUUCAUCUUUUAAAAAUAGCAGCACACCCCAAAACUCUCGUCGCCUUUUCAGAGCUUGGGUCGUCGUUACUCAGUCUUCGAUUUUGGGUUCGAGUUUGAAAUUUUGUCGGGCUUCAGGUUGGUCAGAUGCUCUCCGGUCUGGUCUAGGUCGAGUUGACCAGCUUUCCGUUAGCAGAUCCGAGGUCAUCGUUGAGGUUCCGGCGAGUCAUUUGGUUUCCCUGUUCAAGGUUCUCGUUUGCUUGAUGAUUUGAGAAUCGUUGCGAUUGUAAAAGUCGAUCUUCUUUCAGAUUACACUUUUUUAGAGGGUGUCAUGGGUUUGAGCAAAACUGAAGUGAACUUGAAGAGAUUACUUGUAACUGCACCACAACAGCAAAAUCAAGCAAAGCUUAUACAUUAUGUUGCUACUUUGCGCGAACUGCUGGAGCAGGUGGCUGAAGAGAGGAAUCCAGACGGAUUACCAAGAGUUUCAAAAGCCAAGGUGAACGAAUAUGCAGAGAACAUUGAAGCCAUUGCUGCCAAGUUAGCUGUGCCCAUGUCUGAUGUGCAAACACCUGAGGAACCUGUGGCCGAGACUUCGAGCAGCGGAACUCCCAAAGCAGAAGACAGUGUGAGUUCUGCUUCUGAAGGACUGAGAAGAAGAGUCGGGGUCCAUUCAAACAAUGAGGAGAGAUCUCGAGACUCCAUUGGUUCUGAUCAAUCAACUGCAGUCAAAUUGGAUGAUGCUGCACGGACACAUAUUGAGAAGCACAGGAAACUUCAGGAGGACUUGACAGAUGAAAUGGUUAUUUUGGCACGGCAGCUCAAAGAGAGUAGUCUCAUGAUGAAUCAAUCUAUCAAAAAUACUGAGAAAAUACUUGAUUCAACUGAGAAAGCAGUUGAGCAUAGCCUAGCAAGUACAGGGCAUGCAACUUCCAGGGCUAUGGAUGUGUAUUCCCGGAGUUUCAAGACUACAUGCUUCCAGUGGCUCUUGAUCUUUGUCAUGACAUUAGUUUUUGUCAUGGUUGUAUUACUUAUUCGAGUGACUUAGCAGCCGACCCCUUUGUUAGUGGAGAUUUGACAAAAUGCUUGGUUUUUUUGUUACCGUGUAUAGUACCAGAGGAUACCUCAUGAGUAAAAUGUAAUCUGUAAUUUUAGUUUAACAAAGUUAAAGUUAUUUUGGGGGGUCGGAGGUUAUACAAUUCUUUAAAUGCUGAAGGUGAAGUGUGAAAAACACCUGCAUUACUCAAUUUUUUUAAGCUUAAUUCAAUAUGCUUUGUUGAUAUAA